AUGAUAUUUGUACUACUAUUAUUGAUAUCUUAAACAAAUGCUCUUUAUUCGAACAAACCUUAUAGAACGAGGGGCUUAAAUGUAAUCGAUAUUGAUUUGGAGAAAUAUAGUGAUUUGAAUUAAGGAUCAACAACUAUCAACAUAAUUCUUGACAAGAAUUAAUUUUCAACAGGUUCACCUUUUUUGGCUUUUUGCUAUACAACAAACUUAUAAACAAUAAAAUCUAUUGUCAGCUCUCCAGAAGCAAUAAAGAAUCAAAUAGAAUCUAACAAAAAGUUGUGCAUAUUUGAUAACAAUGCUCUUUUAUAUUAAUAACGGGUACAGUAGAUUGUAUUAUCAGACCUUGUAGAUGAUGGAAACGAAUAGGCGUAUAAUAAAUUUAGCGUCUUCAAGCUGAGCAACAAACAGUUUUCAAUCUAUAUAUACUCUUCAGAAGAUGCCCAAUACUAAAUAACUAUUAAGGGUUCCUAGAAGGGAGAAUGCUAUAAUUAAUGCAACAAUAAUGGAUUGUGCAUGAGCAAUGAAGUAUAAUUUUGUAGAUGCAACGAAGGCUAUUCGGAUAGCACUUGUCAAUUGUUUAGCACCGUUAUCACUCCUCCUAAAGCAGCUUAGUUUCCAUUGAAACAACAGCCAUCUUAAAUCAUUCUACUAUUUCCUUUAAGAACAUCAUUUACUUAAUUAUCAAUUGAAGUAAACUCAACUAUAGCAAUAAUGGCAUAUAUUGGAUGCUAAUUUGAUAAAAACUUCAUCCCGUUUUAUCAGAGCAACUCAUUUUAACAAAUUGAAAUUUCAACAGGAAUUAUAAACUUCAAAGAAAAUGACAUCCAGGAUUGUUAAGACACCUUAAAGUAAAUCAGAUAAAAUUUAGGAGUCGAAAUGGAUAAUUAUAUAGUAUUAUUACUAGUGAAUAAUCAAAAUAAAGAUACCUAAGUAGAACUGAAGCUCUACGUAGAUAGCAGUAAUGAUGAUGAUUCUGGAUUAGAAAUAUAUUAUAUUUUAGCUGGUGCCUUAGGAGCUCUGAUUGUGGCAUUGUUAAUCAUAAUAUGUGUUAUUUACUUUCAAAGAAAAGCUAGAAGAAUUAACAAUGGAGUUUAAAAUUCCAUAAAUAUGAGAUCACUUAAUGGAAUUAAAAAUAAAAGUCUACGAUAAGAUAAUAUUCCAGUGGAAUUAUAUGAACAAAUCAUUCAAGAAUACCCAGGUUUGAUUGAAAUUUCUGAAUGCUAGAUAUGUCUAGUGGAAUUCUAAAAAUAGGAUUUAGUCAAAUUAACAUUCUGCCUACACUUAUUUCAUUCCACAUGUAUAGAUGAAUGGAGAAGGAGAAAUCAAACUUGUCCAUUUUGCAGAGAAAAUCUAACCAAAAAGAAAGCCCUUUAAUAGAGAGUAGAAGAAUAGAUUUAUCAAUUGGGAGUGAUCUAAGAUGAUGCAAUGCAAAUAGAUGAACAAAAACUGGCUGAAUUACAAAAACGAGAAUAAAGAUUGAAAAAAAUUCAAUGUAUUCAUUAAUCUUCAAUAAUUAAGAAACAUCGUCUCCUGAUUCUGCUAAUGGAAUAUUAAUGA